AUGGCUGAUCCACUAUCAUAUGCUGAAGCCAUGCAGAGGUUGGCAGGAGGUGGGAGAAGGCUUGGUGUCAACUUUUCUGGAGCUGUUAGACAUGAUGGGGUUAUGACGCAAGAGACAUGGAUACAUAUAGCCAACAGCGAGUCAAAAACCGCACGUACCUUGACUAUUCCAAAAGGACUGGGAAUUGAUACAAUAUUUGUGAUUGACAUCUCAGAAAGCAUGCGAGGAAGGCCAUAUGAACAAGCUGUAAAUGUUGUGCUAACAUAUCUAGAUAUUAUUGAGAAUGUCAAUAAGAAGCAUCGUCUGAGUGAAAGUGUCGCCUUGGUGACUGUUGGACACAAGACAGAAGUGCUGCAUCAUCUGACAUGUGAUUAUUGGGCGCUGAGGACUAGUCUAGGUUCAAUACAAGUGGGAGGACGUACUCCAAUGAUUGCUGGUCUCUUCAUGGCUUUGUCUGCUAUUAAUGGCCGUGGUUCAAUCUCGGUGAUGAACGGUUGUCAUGUCUACCCGAGAAUAAUCCUAUUGACAGAUUCAAUGUUUACAGAUUCUGAUUGUACAACAGGCCCAGAUAGCAGCAUGUAUGAACAACAGGAGAUUGAUGAUGAGAUAUUAAAUCUAGCAGUCAGACUUGGAGCAGAGCACCAUAAUAUUCAUUGUAUAAAUGUUGGUGAUAAGGAAAACCCAGAGAUACUGAGGAAAUUAGCAGAAGUGUCAGAUGGGAGUGUGACCAGUUAUGAUGCGGCAAGUGUGAAAAGCCUUGGCAGACACUUCAAGAACAUGGCUGCAGUGACUCGUAUGCGUAGACAUUUCUCUCUGAAUUGGAAAAACAGGAGGGAAUUUGAAAAUGUUGUGACCAGUUAUGAAAAUGAUGUUGAUCAGAGCGAUAUAGAUGAUAUGAUGUACCUCCUCCAAUAUAAACUGGCUGAUGUUGUGCAGGAGGAUGUAGAGUUCAUGGAUGGUUCAGCACCUAAUUUGGGCACGCGAGUUAUGAGGGGUCCGCAAUGGGACAGUGGUAAUGAGGAUGGUGAGGGCCCUGGCACCAUUGUUAAGCAUUCCCGCAAGCCAGGUCAUGUGACAGUAGAAUGGGACCUGACAAGAAUUCGUAAAGAAUACAGUUAUCAUGACGGUAAAAAACAGGUCAAAACAAGUUUUGAACAACGAAUCCUGAUGGAGGACGACCUCAUCGCACCUGGCUGUCUGGUUUGUCGUGGUGAUGAUUGGCAGUGGGGCUUUCAGGACGGAGGUCCAGAAAAUGUUGGAGUUGUGUAUGAUGUUCAGCAGAGUGGACUGGUACAUGUAAGAUGGCCAAAUGGACAUUGUAAUUGGUACAGAUUUGGAGCUGAGGGAAUGUUUGACGUCCAGAUAUGGGAGCCUGCUGGGGAUGGAAAUGACCCUGUGGUACCUUCCACAACUAUUUACACCAGAGAUACAGCUUUACCGCCUAAGACACACAAUGCAGAAGUGGUGACCUCAGCAACUAUUCUUAAAACCACACCUGUGUAUAGUCUUGCGGCAUCAUCUAACAUCACACCUGUGAGUAGUCUUGCGGCAUCAUCUAACAUCACACCUGUGAGUUAUAAAACUGUGAAAGGUAGUCUCGCGGCAUCAUCCAACAUCACACCUGUGAGUAGUCUCGCGGCAUCAUCUAACAUCACACCUGUGAAAAGUCGCACAGCAUCAUCUAACAUCACAUCUGUGAGAAAUCUGGCAGCAUCAUCUAAUAUCACACCUGUGAGUAGUCUCAUGGCAUCAUCUGCAGCAGAUCCUGAUAAGCUCUUCAUGGAUACCCCUACAGCGUCAAGUCCAGACAGUAAUCAUCAUGUCUUUCGGCCAACAGUGACAUCAGCUCCUCAAUCAGACAUACCUACGGAUAUAUCAGGGUCACAAAAACAUCAACAGGAGACCAGUGACCCAAAGUCACUUAGUCAGCAGACUGAUUUAUCUGUUGAUUUUGCAAUGUCAAGAAAAAUAACUGAACUACAUGAUCUAGUCGGACCUUUCGGAGCACAACAAACACAGGUUAAGACGCCUUUCACAAAGCAGAAUACACCAGGUUCUCCUAAAGUGUACACUGAUACUGUGCCCGUAUCAACCCCAGACUUUCCUCACGGUGUGACAUCCCCAGUCAUGUCUGGAACAACUGCUACACCUCAAACUACAUCAAAUGUUGAUGAUCAACUUGGUGUGAACUCUAAAACUAAUACCACACCUGGAGCUUAUUCUGAUGCCACAGAAAGUAGGGCUUACACACAGGAAGAUGUUAGGUGGUGCUGGUUUGAUAAGAAGAGCAAAACAUGGGUGUCCUUUUCUGAGGCCAACAACAGUGACCUUGAGGCCGAAAAACAGAAAAACAGAAAAAACAGCAGCAAAAAUGUAAAGAUAUAUGACACAUGGUAUAGAGUAUUUUUGAAAACUAUGAAGAUGCAAAGGUUGAAGAGUCGUGAAAGUACACCUGUAAAACGAGCAGUGAUACCAAGGGCAAUUAAAGGUAUGAGGAAGGAAUUGGUGGACAAAUAUAUGAAUCUUCUUUCUAAAGGAAGUUAUCAGUCCUCCAACAUCCGCCUGAUGGUGGUGGGCAACGAUCGUGUUGGCAAGACAACACUUUGUCAAAAUAUGCUCAAGGACAAGAAAUUUGGUAAUACUAAUGGUACAGAUGGUAUUGAUGUAUUUGUGCACAGUUACCAAAUUGACACCACGACGAAAAAAAAAGAGAAGCUUGGACAGACAGAGCAUGUAGUUGCUUUGCAGAAACUAGCAUGCGCAACAGUUUAUGGCAAACCAAUGUGGACAGAGGUUGAGGAGAAAGAGGAGGAGCAACCAGAGGAGGAGGAAAACAUGGCAGAAGGAGCAGAGACAGACUCUGUACCACAUUUUUCUUCACGAGAAUCCAUCGAUGUGCCAGUGACACCUCCAGUUACCACGAUUCCUGCAAAUACACUUGAGAAUAAGUUUGAACAGAUUGAUAUAAACCAGCCUAUCAACCUCUCCAAGACGGCCCAUCCUGUGAAAAGUAACUACGUUGUUGGUAAAAAAACUGGUGAGAUAUUAAUACCAGACUAUGUGAAGAGAGAUGUGGACUGUAUCCUUGACGAAGCAGACAAACUGCGGUUAGCUGGAAGAGCAGCUGAAAAGGACAAUAUUGCCUACUUAUCCAUGUGGGAUUUUGGUGGAGAGAAGGUUUUCUAUGAUACUCAUCAUGUCUUCCUCAGCAAGGAUGCUGUUUACUUACUGUGUUUCAAUGUCAAAGAAUAUCAAGAGAAAAAGAAUCACCAACCAAUACUAUUCUGGCUCCAAUCUAUUGCUACGUACUCUGAGUGUAAUGGACAGUGUAAGGGACCCCCUGUCAUCCUGAUAGGUACUCAUACAGACAAGAUGGAGGGCACAGAGGAAGAAAAAGAACGUGAAUUUGAAAGAAUUUGCGCCGAAAUCACUUCUCUUGAUAUUGUUAAACCAAUCAGAGGCCAGAUUAUGAACUACUUUUGUGUCGAUAACAGCAAUGCAAGUGACACCAAGUUUGAUGACGUCCUUGAUGCUGUUAUAGAAGCUGCCAAAUAUCAAUCACAAUGGAAGAGAGAUAUUCCUACAAAAUGGCUGGCACUGGAGCGGGAAAUCAUGAAGGUGAAGAAACACAAAGUUAAAACGUUUCAAGAUAUUGUGAAUUUAGAUGAGAAGAUGGAAGUACCAAUAGGAGAUGAAGACGAAAUCCGAAUGUUUUUAAGCUACUUACAUCUGAUGGGAUACAUCAUGUAUUUUGAUGAGGAUGUGGGCCUUGACGGUCCUCAUCGCUACAAAGAUCUGACGAUCAUCAUUGACCCACAGUGGGUCAUUUAUGCCUUCCGCAGACUCAUUACCAAUCCCAAAAAUAUAAAAAGUAAAGGCUGUAACAGAAUGGUGAUGUGGAACAGAUAUAUAAAUGAUGGCCUACUCACUACACCACUCAUUGAUGAAUUGUGGAAAAAAGGAAAGAUGGACACAGAAGACUUCCUAGCUUAUAAAGCAGUACUACUGCCAGUGAUGGAAAGGCUUGGACUCAUUGCACCCCCUGUGUCCCACAAAUCCAAAGCAGAUUGUCCAGAAAAUUUGAAGUACUAUAUUGUUCCUAGCAUGUUGUCAGAUGUCAAUGAGAAGUGGGUGAAUGACCUUACUGAAGCAGUAGGCUUCCAGAAAACAGCAACAUUGCGUUUUACUUUAAAGGAUCAAUUUAUCUCCCUUCCUGUGUUCCAUAAACUACUGGCAGUUUGUUUGUCCAGAUUUAAGUUGCCACCAAGUCUUGAUCUUCCAGAAGGACAUGAGUUCAAUCAGACAGACUGCAUCAAGAAAGGUUUCGGCUGCUUUGAGGUGAAUGGAGCUUGGAAAGUCAUUUUACAUCACAACAACUCAGGCAUCAAUGUAACGCUAUUCACCUAUAGCGACAAAGACUCAGUAAUCAGAGCUGGAGUUGGAGUUGAUGUGCGCAUAUUCCUUGAAGAAACAUUACUGGAAGUGCUAAGACUGCAGGGCCAAAAUGCAAAAAAUCUCACCUUUGUGUAUCACUUAGGCUUAGAUAUUUUACAGGUACAUCAAGCUGGAAAGUUUAGACCUGUGACACAGUUUGACGCCCUUGGCGAAAGUGAUACAAUGUUUUUAACCGGAGGGAAAUACCUAAGGAAAGUGGAUUGUUAUCCCUGGUUCUGUACCCAGGAGGAGGAGGGAGAGCCUAUCCCAGUUGCAUAUUUCCUGCCUUCACAUCGUCAGAAUCUUGUUCCCGAAGAAAUCCACCUGGCAAGGAUCAGUAAAUGUAUCUGCCUCAGAGGUGAGGUUGGCAAGGAGCACUUUGGUUUGGAGUUGGGGCUGCAGAGACAUCAUAUCUGCAACAUCCAGGCGGAGUACACAGGAGAUGCUGAACAGAUAUACCAGAUAUUGGUGAAGUGGAAGACCUUAAAUAGGAAAGGCAGGAUUAGUGACAUAAUCAAGGCUAUGAGAAAACUCGAUAUAGAUCGUAAAUUUUUCUGCCAAAAAGGGAGAGUGUUUGACUGACAGUUUACCAACCCAUGGUUAAAUAACACAAGUUUACUGACUUUAUUGUCCACAAUUGUGUAAUACUUCCAGUCCAACAAAGAGAAAACAUUGCUGUACAAUUCACUCAUAGCUGACCAAGAUCAUGCAGUGCUGAUGUACAAUUCAACCAUAGCUGACCAAGAUCAUGCAGUGUUGUUGUACAAUUCAACCAUAGCUGACCAAGAUCAAGCAGUGUUGUUGUACAAGUCUCCCAUAGCUGAACAAGAUAAUGCAGUGUUGUUGUACAAUUCACUCAUAGCUGACCAAGAUCAUGCAGUGUUGUACAAUUCACCCAUAGCUGACCAAGAUAAUGCAGUGUUGUUGUACAAUUCAACCAUAGCUGACCAAGAUCAUGCAGUGUUGUUGUACAAGUCACCCAUAGCUGACCAAGAUCAUGCAGUGUUGUUGUACAAUUCACUCAUAGCUGAACAAGAUAAUGCAGUGUUGUUGUACAAUUCAACCAUAGCUGACCAAGAUCAAGCAGUGUUGUUGUACAAUUCAACCAUAGCUGACCAAGAUCAUGCAGUGUUGUUGUACAAUUCACUCAUAGCUGAACAAGAUCAUACAGUGUUGUUGUACAAGUCACCCAUAGCUGACUGUGAUCAUGCAGUGUUGUUGUACAAUUCACUCAUAGCUGAACAAGAUCAUGCAGUGUUGUUGUACAAUUCACUCAUAGCUGACAGGAAUUACAUCUUAUUAUUUCACUGAUCACCAAUUGAUGACUGUAGUAACAGGUUCUGACAAGACUUAUCAGUCACAAUAAGUGUUUUAACAUGUUUGUACUGAUUGUGGGGUUUAAAACAGAUAACACUGUAUCUGUUAAUACAACUUACUAAACAACAGUUCUACAAUUUGAUACAGUGAUCCACACAAGUGUUAAUAUGAUGGGCAGUGCAGUGAUAUCUUCACAUGCCAACAUAACAUUGCUGUCCUAUACGGACCCCAAAUAUACAGGAUGAAUUGAUAUGUAUAGCAAUAUUAUGUUAUUUCUCACCUGUUGUGUGCGACAUUUAGCGUGGAAGAGUAAGGCUGAAUAAGGUAUCUGCCUCAGACUAGUAGAGUUUGGAAACUGAUAACCUUUAACCUUCAUGAUAAGGUCAUGAAUUGGUUACAGAAUUUGUUUUGUACAGCUGUAGUGUAACAACAGGAUUUAUUUGUAUAACUGAAGGAGGAAUAAGUUUUGAAAUAUUCAUGCCUACAAAGCUCUGUAUUACAAUGGAGUUUCAUGUAAGUACCCCUGAAAAGGGAAGUCAGAGUCAAUUUAUAAUGUAAAUUGUGUACAUAAUGUUUGUCUUCUGAUGCUGUAAAGGGUAUCCAUUAGACUGUAUAUAAACUUUUAAAGAAAUCGCUGAGUAACAUAUUUAAACAGAAUAUACAUACUCUGCUUUUCAUUUAUAAGCCCACCAUCAUCAGAUGGUGGGUUAAUUCAAAUCGCCCUAUGUCUGUGGUUCGUCCGUCUGUAAACAAUUUAUCUUGUUACUAUUUGUUGAAGUACUAGAUGUAGGUUUCCACUGGUCCUUAGUUGUGCCAGUUUGAUUUUCAUUCUGAUCAGAAACACAGAAUGGCCAACUGGUGGCCUUGAAUUUUUACAGUAAAGAUUGUUAUGACCAUUUUUUGAAGUACAAGAUAGAUAUCUUUCAAAUUUCAUGUGUAGAUUCCCUUUGGUCCCUAGUUAGGCCAGUUUGACUUUCGGAUUGGACAGAAAAUCAAUUUUGCUUAGUAAAGUUUGUUAUCAUUUUUUCUUUACAAGUAUUCUGAGGGUCUCUCUCAAAUCUUAUAUGUAUUUUCUCCUUGGUCCCUAGUUGUGCCCGUGAUUUUGAGACUGAUCAGAAAAACAAAUGGUCGACAGUAGGUCAUUUUUGAUGUCAUCUAGAAAAGAAAAAGAAAAAAUUGGCUGUUUCUUAUGAAGUACUGAAUGGAUUUCUCUUGUAUUUCAUCUGUAAAUUUCUCUUGGUCCCUCGAUUUACCCCUUUGAUUUUGAGACUGAUCAGAAAAAACAAAACGGCUUCCUGGCAACUAUCAUGGAUUUGGUGGUUAAAGAUUACUAACACAAUAUAUGCAAAAGAGUGUUCUGAUCAUUAUGAGCAAAAACAUAGGAAAGAAGAGAAAAGAUCCAACUUUCAAAAUAUCAAAUAAAGAUAAAGCAAUGGAGGGCACCAUGGUCACUUUGUGAUCUCUGGUUGUUUGUUUUCUUCAUUCAUGUGAUAUUAUAGUCUAUGGAAGAACUUUUUACAUUUAAACAGUUGCUCUACACUGUUAAUGAGUAAACAAUCUUAAAUGAAAUUACAUUUCAGGUGAGAUGUUAUGGAAUGAGAUUUAACUUGUUUUAUUUUUGCAAGCCUUAGCAAGCUAAAAUAAAAAAUAUAAGAAGAGUUUCAUAAAAUCUCAUAUGAAAUGAAAACAAAGUACUUUUUAUCACAUAAUCAGAAAAGUUACAUUAAGACCAGUUGUCAAAUGUGAAGGACAAAAUCAAAUGGAGGCAGCCAUUUUGUUGUGCCAUUUUCAGUUCAUGAUGUAACAUUAAUGUUCAUAUUAUGACAUCACGAUAAAUUUCUGACUGGUGAAGCUGAUAGAAAACCCACAGGGGUAAAUUACAUUAUUGAUAUAUAUCUAAAGUUAUUUCAUGGAUAAUUUCAGUGGAUUAACAGUACAUUAUGUCAUUUAUAGACAUUCUUUAAAUCAGAAUCAUAGCAUAAAUUAUCUUAAUCAGCAAGGGCUUUGCUUGUUAUUAAAUUCUCUUUAAUAUCACCAGCAGUUAAGGACAACUGAAUUGGUUUUUGUUUAUGAAACAUUGGCCAAGGAAUGUGGGGCCCAAUAGGGUGAGUAAAUUGAGAUAUCUCAUUGGUUGGAAUGUGGGGCCCAAUAGGGGAGUAAAUUGAGAUAUUUCAUUGGUAGGAAUAUGGGGCCCAAUAGGGUGAGUAAAUUGAGAUAUCUCAUUGGUAGGAAUGUGAUGCCCAAUAGGGUGAGUAAAUUGAGAUAUCUCAUUGGUAGGAAUGUGGGGCCCAAUAAGGUGAGUAAAUUGAGAUAUCUCGUUGGUAGAAAUGUUAUGCCCAAUAGGGUGAGUAAAUUGAGAUAUCUCAUUGGUAGGAAUGUGGGGCCCAAUAGGGUGAGUGAAUUGAGAUAUCUCAUUGGUAGGAAUGUGAUGCCCAAUAGGGUGAGUAAAUUGAGAUAUCUCAUUGGUAGAAAUGUGGGGCCCAAUAGGGUGAGUAAAUUGAGAUAUCUCAUUGGUAGGAAUGUUAUGCCCAAUAGGGUGAGUAAAUUGAGAUAUCUCAUUGGUAGGAAUGUGGGGCCCAAUAGGGUGAGUAAAUUGAGAUAUCUCAUUAGUAGGAAUGUGAUGCCCAAUAGGGUGAAUAAAUUGAGAUAUCUCAUUGGUAGAAAUGUGGGGCCCAAUAGGGUGAGUAAAUUGAGAUAUCUCAUUGGUAGGAAUGUGGGGCCCAAUAGGGUGAGUAAAUUGAUAUAUCUCAUUGGUAGGAAUGUGGGGCCCAAUAGGGUGAGUAAAUUGAGAUAUCUCAUUGGUAGGAAUGUGGGGCCCAAUAGGGUGAGUAAAUUGAGAUAUCUCAUUGGUAGGAUUGUUAUGCCCAAUAGGGUGAGUAAAUUGAGAUAUCUCAUUGGUAGGAAUGUGGGGCCCAAUAGGGUGAGUAAAUUGAGAUAUCUCAUUGGUAGGAAUGUGGGGCCCAAUAGGGUGAGUAAAUUGAGAUAUCUCAUAGGAUCAGAAGUUAGGGCCCAAUUUGAAGUGUAAAUAGAAAUGUCUCAUUUGAGGAGAUGAGUGGCCCAAUAAAUCAGGAAUGUAUAUGUCCAUGCACUAUUAGAAUACGUAUAUGUUGAUUUAUUGAUCUAUAGUUCUCAAAAUCACCAAAUCAAGUGUUCAGGAAAAAAAGAAACCAAGAAUAUUUAGCUCCAUGAAUAUGUCAUUUUACAGUAUAAUGUAUACUAAUUGUAAUAGAUUUAAUAAUAUUACAUGGUAGAUUCUGUUUUACAGCAUUUUCUGCAUCAGUGCCAUUUAAGAAUAUAAAUAAAAAUCACUAUUAGAAGGAACUGAUUUAAAUAAGCAGUUAACAAGAGUUCUGUGAUGAUUUUUAUGAUAUGAUGGGCUCGGAUAACAAAUAAAAAGAGAGUAUGCCAGCUCCUAUAUAUUCGUCAAUAUGAUAUUGUUUACAGCUGUCGGAUCAUCAAACUGUGACUAAACUUUAUACGUUUGAUCAGCACUUACGUACUAUAACAUUGUUAUAGUACAAUAACCUUGAAGGAAAUCCUAUUAUUUCUAGGUCUACAAUCUUUACAUCUUAACAUUAACACUUUUAUGGAGAAAAGUAAACGUGGUAAGGUCCUAACACAUGUCUUCAAAUAGGAGAAAAAUAAGAUGAAAUAUGAUGGGAGGAAGACUUUUAUCAAACAAAUACUAAUUUGUUCAGAUUAAUGCAGCAACUUAUGGAUGUGUCUUUGAGGUUGGAAUGUCAUCCUACUGUUGUAACUACAGGUAUUUGAUGUCAUUAUCUAUAGGAACAGAGGUUGGAAUGUCAUCCUACUGUUGUAACUAUAGGUAUUUGAUAUCAAUAUAUAUAAGCAUUUAAUGAAUAGAGGCUAUAUUGUUAUUAUUAUACUAGUUGAAUUUUUGUUUCUAUUAAUUCAUUAUGUGAUAUGAGUAAAACAUGAUC